CCCGCGUUCCUCGCUCUCUCCCCUCUGCGCUCACAGCAACUUUGCUAGAGGGCUCGGCUCCGAGGUGCUCCUUGGGGGGAGGGGGGGGGUUUCCAGCCGCACUUUUGCACCUGGGCAACUAUUUGGGACUUACUUAGGAAACGGGGACGGGAGAGAGGAACACCCCCUCCGCCUCUUGUUCUGGAGAGAGCAUCUUCUUCCCUUGUUUGCAAACCUGAGGCGCCCUAGCCCCCAUCCCUCCUCCCGGCCCCCUGCACGGGCGAGCCAGCAGGAGGAUUUGGCGUGCAUCCCUGGCCCAAGUGCACGGGCUGGCCCCCGCCUCCAGUGAGAAGCUAUUCUUGCUUGGGGCUUUGCAAAAGUUAGGAAGUGCUGUGCUGGAACUCUUGGAAAUGGAUAUUCCUGGGCCUUAUGUCCAAAAGCUUAUCCCAAUGGAUGGCAAAUUGAAAGAGGCUGGAUGCAAAGAAGAAAGUGUAUUAAAGAUAACAUCUUUCUGGGAUCCAUGGGCCUUUUGAGAGAUGAUCAGAGGGAGGCCGGAUGAUCUACUGAACGCACACAAUAACCUUUUUCUUCCACAAAGGCAGCAACGGAGAACUCCCCAUGCUCCAGUUCCAUCCAGUUUACCCACUCAUUACCGGGCCUUCCGCAGCUGUGAGUGGGAGGUAGUGGAGCGAUCGCUUAAUAUCCUGCAGGCCAGUGGCUUCUACUGGGGUCCCUUAUCUGUGAGUGAAGCACACGCCAAGCUACAGCAGGAGCCGGUGGGGACCUAUCUGGUGCGGGACAGCUCUCAAAGGAACUGCCUCUUCAGUGUGAGUGUUCGGAUGCCAGCGGGCCCAGUCAGCCUCCGGAUCUCCUUCCGGGAGGGCUACUUCUGGCUGAAGGACUGGUUCUCGGACUGUGUGGUUAGGCUGCUGGAGAUGGUGGUGGCAGGAACCCAGGCCAACCCCAUCCACUGUGAUGAAAUGGGGGGAACCCCCUUGGUGUUCUCUGAACCCCUCUGCAGGAACCACGGGGUUGUGCCCAUGUUGUAGGAACUUUGCAUCAAAGCCUGGGAGCUUACAAUGGGACAAGGGAGGAAGGUCAGAGAUUGGAAGAGGUACAUGGGAGCGGCAGUUACUUUUCAGUGUGGAAAGGAACAAGGCAUAAUAUCACUUGGAAUCCACUGCCUAUACAGAGAAGGAGACAGCUGCAUACAUGUGGCAGGCAAAACUGAGUGAGUGUGACAUGCUAACUGAAUGUGCCACUGCCGUUAGGUUGUACUUCUCCUUGGGGUAGGGGUGGGGGGAUAACUUAAACCUGCUGACUAGGGGAGCCAUGUCCUCCUGAGGUAAAGGUGCGUAGUUUCUCCUUGUGGCAGAGUAGAACUGCCCCAAUCCAGCACUUUUUAUUCCAGUUGUGAUGCAUAAGCUUCAGAAACAUGGGCAUUGCCUGUCCUCCCAGCACACUCCUCUUCUCCCUGUAUUCCAAAGUGCCUAAGCUAUUUCUUGCUGAAAAAUCUCUCCUUGUGAAAAGGUCCAGUUGAAUUUCAAAGACUUUGACAAGCUCCGAUUCAGUGUCAUCAGGAAUUGUACACUGUUCUCUGAUACCAAAGGUGUUGGGUGGGCAGGUGUGUGUGUGUGUGUGUGUUGAGAGAGAGAAAGAUUUCACUACCAGCAACCUUCACUUCCCUGUACCAUGGAAAUACAUAACAUGCCACUUCAGAAAUACAAGAAAUGACACUCUAAUAUUUGCACUGGAGGAAACAGUGGCAGGCAUGUUUAACAAUACAGUUCCACCAGCUUCUGCAUUGCUUUUAUUGGAAGCUGGACUGCAUAGCUUCAUUUUUUUAUGGGCAGCUGGGCCAUACUGUAAUGGGAUAAUAUAAUAUUUCAGCCAACCAAGUCUUGGUUUGGAGAGUCAAUUCUGUUAUUGAUUGUAUCAGCGGACCAUCAUGUACGGUCAUCUGGCAGUAUGCUGCUGCCCCCUGCAGAUCAUCAUUAAAGGAACACUCUAAAAAGUUAGGUUUUUGUAUAAAAGGGACGGAGAAGUGCAUUAGAAAAGUUACUACUAAUAAAAAUGUUUUCAAAAGGAGCUUUCAAAAAAAGUAAUAAUUGUCCUGUAGUGCUGGAAAAACAAACUAACUGGCAUUGGGCCAGUACAUGUAAAUCAAAGGUUCACUGGCCAUGCUGAGUGAAGUGAAAAACGAAAAAAGGAUUAGUUAGGAACAGUAAAUUUCAUUUUUUUUUUUAGUGUAUUAAUCUAAAAAUAUAGGUACCACAAGGGGGACUCUGUCUUAGUAUAUAAGGUCUAAAUUUCAAAUAUUGUAUUUGUAUUGCAUUGAAUAGUAUGCUAGGUGCCUCAAAGAACAGCUAGUUAUACAAGGUCCUGAUGCAAAGAAUACACAUUUUAGAUGUCACAGCUAGUGAGGGUGGGAACGGACAUGGGGAUUAGACAGAAUUAUGAAAAUAAGGUCCUAUAAAGAUUGGGUUCAUCUGACUGACAUCACUAUUUAAGCAGUGUCCCUAAAAAUGUCCUAUAAAAACAGAUGUUUCUGUGCAAAGGUGGCAUUGUGAGUGUGUAACUUCAGAGCAAAUGUUUGAAAAUUUGGUCCAUAA